AAAAGCACAUCUCGCCUUGGGUCGGGGCUGCAGGCAGGAGCAAAGAGCAGCAUUUUGCACCCGCAGGCGGGGAGCGUGCAGAAGAGGUGUGAGAUCAAACAGGAGGUGAUAGAGGGAGCGCCUUAUUACCAUUUCAAACACCGAGGCACCGUGCAGAAAUCCUUAAGCAGACACUGGGGCUGGAACAUGCGCCUGAAGAAAGAGCCGAAGGUUCACUGGUUUGAGCAGCAAACUGUGAAGAAGCGUAUGAAGAGAAGCGUCACGGUGGUGCCGACAGAUCCCUGGUUCCAUAAGCAGUGGUAUAUGAACAAUGAUGUCAGUCCAGAUCUGAAUGUCCUCACUGCUUGGGGCAAAGGGUACACUGGUUUGGGAGUUGUGCUGUCCAUCUUGGAUGACGGGAUUGAGAAGGAUCAUCCAGACCUGUCUCCUAACUACGAUCCCCUUGCAAGUUAUGACUUCAACAGCAAUGACCCUGAUCCACAGCCCAGAUACAACGCCUGGGAUGAGAACCGGCAUGGGACACGUUGUGCAGGAGAAGUGGCAGCUGUAGCCAACAACCGAAUCUGUGGAGCAGGCAUUGCAUACAAUGCAAAAGUUGGAGGUGUGCGGAUGCUGGACGGGCUCAUCACUGACAUUGUGGAGGCUCAAUCCCUGAGCCUCCGUCCCCAGCACAUCCACAUCUACAGUGCCAGCUGGGGCCCUGAGGAUGACGGAAAGACCGUAGAUGGGCCGGGCGUGCUGGCCAUGGAGGCCUUCUACAAAGGAGUCACAAAUGGGCGAGGAGGCCUCGGUUCAGUCUUCAUCUGGGCCUCUGGCAAUGGCGGGCUCCACUACGACAACUGCAACUGCGAUGGAUACACCAACAGCAUCUACACCCUGUCAGUCGGCAGCACCUCUGCGAGUGGUCAGAUACCCUGGUACAGUGAGGCCUGUUCCUCCACCCUCACCACCACCUACAGCAGUGGCACAAGGAGUGAGAAGCAGAUUGUGACCACCGACUUGCACAACCGCUGCACGGACAAGCACUCGGGCACCUCUGCCUCUGCCCCGUUGGCUGCUGGAAUGAUUGCCCUCGCUCUGGAGGCCAACCCAGCACUAACCUGGCGUGACUUGCAGCAUCUCGUGGUCAGGGCCUCCAAGCCCGCCCACCUGCAGGCAGAAGACUGGGCUGUGAACGGGGUCGGACGCAAGGUGAGCCACCACUACGGCUACGGGCUCCUGGAUGCGGGUCUGCUGGUGGAGUUGGCCAAGAAGUGGACAGGAACUCAGCCUCAGCGGAAGUGUUCAGUCAAGGCACUUCACUUCAUCUCUUACCUCUGCCCUGUACCUCGUAGGAACAUAGGUCCCAAGCUCACAGUCUCUGUGAACGGCUCCUGCUCAGGGAGGACUGAGGGCAUCCGCUCACUGGAGCACGUCCAGGUCCAGCUCUCUCUGAGCUACAGCAGGAGGGGGGACCUGGUGAUCACUCUGACCAGCCCCCCCCUCCCCGGUGGGGGCUGUGGGACUGCAUCCCUCCCCUCCAGCCUUGCACUCGUGGCUCUCUUCUCCUCUAGCCCCUAUGACACCAGCAGGGAGGGCUACAAGGACUGGACCUUCAUGUCCACACACUUCUGGGAUGAGGACCCCCAUGGCACCUGGAUACUGCUGCUAGAGAACAAGGGGGAUGCCUAUAACACAGGCGUCCUGACUAACUUCAUCCUGCACCUCCACGGCACAGAUGAGGACAUGGUGAGCCGGCGCUUGGCAGCCUCUGCUGUGAGCGAGUGUGUUAAGUGGGACGCGCAGGGAGCAUGCGAGGAGUGUGGCGAGUCAUUCUACGCCUACCAGCACUUGUGCCUGUCCUACUGCCCCCCACGCUACUACAGCCGCACCCGGAGAUCCACCUCCCCAAAUGCAGCCGGCGUCUGUGCUGACUGCCACCCCUCCUGCUACACGUGCCAGGGUGCUUCGGCCAACAACUGCACGGCCUGUCCCCCCGCCUGCACCUUCGAUGAGCUCUCUCACUCCUGCUCGCCUCUGCGUGGCUUGCCCAGCCAGGACACGCUGCAACAGGAGCAUCGCCCCAGCUUCAUCCUGCUGAGCCUGAUCUGUGGGAGCCCAAUCCUCUUAGGCAUCGUCUACAUCACGUACCGCGUGGCCUUCUGCGCUGGCUGCCUCCACAGGUAGCAGAUGGUGCCUGCUGGCUUUGGACUGGAAGGCCAGAGU